AUGGAGUGUGCAAGACAGUAUACAGAGGCCGAGUUUCAUGAUCAUUAUUCGAGGAUGGAAUUAAAGUAUCCUGCUGUGACCGAUUAUCUAGAAAGGCGUGUAGAAGUAUCGAAAUGGGCCAAGUGCUAUUUUCCAGCAGAGAGGUACAAUCUAUAUACUAGUAACGUUGUGGAGUCCUUGAAUAGUGUGUUUAAAUAUGCAAGGAAGCUGCCAUUAUUACCUAUGAUAGAUGCGAUUGUUGAAAAAUUGUGUGAAUGGUUUAACAAGCAUAGGAACGAGGCUCCUUCAACGCCACCAGGACGCAAACUGAUUGAAUACAGCGUUCUUGGAUUCGAUGGGAUUAAUUACACGGUGAGCUUGAAAAAUAAAACUUGCUCGUGCAAGCUUUUUGAUAUAGACAAGUAUCUAUGUGUCCAUGCCUUAGCCGCAUUAGAAGCUUACAUGAAGCGGCCAGACAGAGAAGUGGAUAUCAAUGUGGAGGACUUGUGUUCGAUGUAUUAUUUAACCGAGCAGCGGGCUUUUGCUUAUAACAGAACCAUCUAUCAUGUUCCACAUAAGUCACAGUGGGUUGUUCCCGAUGAUGUUAACCAAUUGAGCGCUUUGCCCCCGGUUUACGAGCUAAAAAGGGGGGCAAAACAGCACUAUUUUACUGGAGGUGAAAACGCUGGAAGUGAAAAUGCUGGAGGUGAAAAUGGUGGAAGUGAAAAUGCUGGAGGUGAAAAUGGUGGAGGAGAAAAUGCUGGAAGUGAAAAUGCUAGAGGUGAAAAUGCUCGAAGUGAAAAUGCUGGAGGUGAAAAUGCAGGAGGUGAAAAUGCUGGAGGAGGUGUCUCGGGUGAUAACGUGGUUUAG